AUCUCUUACGGUGACUUGGCAACCCUUCCCCCCUUGCUCAGUUGGUUGCUGACUGUGGUGGUGAGCAGGUGUUUGUCGGUCCUCUCUCACGAUGCGGUUGUUGUUGUUCGUGUGUCUGGCAGCGGUCUCGGCUUCGGCCUCAGCGCUCAACCUCGGCUCCAGGGACCCGUGCGCCAGCGUUGAGUGCCGGGCGGGGCGGGAGUGCGUGGUCGAGGGCGGCGCGGCGGUGUGCCAGUGCCUCGCCUCCUGCCCGGCGCGCUACUACCCAGUGUGCGGCUCCGACGAGAGGACCCACGACAACCACUGCAGCCUACACCGCCACGCCUGCCUCACGGGCGAGCACAUCAAGGUGGUCCACAAGGGUGUCUGCAAGAAGCCCAAAUUCACCAAGAAGAAGAAGCCCGCGGUGAAGAAAGAGGAGCCAGCCGUGUGCUACAGCUCCCAGCGCGACGCCUACCUCCUACUGGUCGGCAAGAAGUGGCAGGACACACUGGGCACGCAGCCGUGGCACGUGGAGGGCAUGACGUUCAGGGAGAGCCUCUGGGGCCGCUUCUACACGUGCGACCACAACAAGGACAACAACAUCGACGCCGAUGAGAUGCUGAACUGCACCACCGAGGCCUUUUUCAUGGCCAGACCCAACCAGGACCAGGAGCUGACCAGGGCGCUGUGUGUGGACGCCAUCCUGGACAUGGGCGACACGAGCAGGGACUGGCGACUGGACUUUGAGGAGUUCACGACCAUCUUCACCCCGGGGUACAAGCCGCCGCAGAAACAGUGUUCGCUGGAAGGGAGGAAGUACGUUGACGGGGAGGAUGUUCAUGUCGACGGAAGUCAUUGCAUAUGUGCGGUUGGAAGCUGGGUCUGCACCUCCCCAACCGACACCACCAAAAACAACAACAACAACAACAACAACAAAAACAAGAAGAAGAAGGCAACCACCCCCAAGCCCCCAACUGACGACGACCUCCUGGCCAUGAACGAGCUGGACUACGAUGAGGAUGACCUGUUCGAGGAUGACUUCGGCCCCGAGGAGUUCGUGGUCAAUGAGGACGAGGACGAGGAGUUUCUGGAGGACCUGUUCGACGAGCUGCUGGACAAGUUGCAUGACCACCGCGUGAAGAACAGACAGCACCAUCACAACCACCUGUAGGCCUAGACGAAGGGAAGAGGAGGAGGAGGAGAAUGAGGGGAGAUGGAGAAGAGGAAGGAUGAGAGAUGAAAGGGAGGAAGAAUGGGAGAUAGAAAGGAGGAACGAAAGAUUGACUGGAAGAUUAACUGAUUGAUUGAUUGAUUACAAGUACUUAAUGGAAGGGAAGCAGAGGUAGACUUAGGUAGACUUGUAGGAAAAGGUAGAAAAUGAUACCACAACAGAAUGGGAGAUAGGAGGAACGAAAGAUUGACUGGAAGAUUAACUGAUUGAUUGAUUGAUUACAAGUACUUAAUGGAAGGGAAGCAGAGGUAGACUUAGGUAGACUUGUAGGAAAAGGUAGAAAAUUAUACCACAACAGAAUGGGAGAUAGGAGGAACGAAAGGUUGACUGGAAGAUUGACUGAUUGAUUGAUUGAUUAUAAGUGAUUAAUAGAAGGGAAGAAGAAGUGGAAAUAGGUUGAAAAUGAUACCUCAACCAUCUAUAGAGGAAGAGGAUGGAAGGGUGGAACUAGCGGAGAAGGAAAGGAAGGGAAGAAAAGAAAGAAAAGAAAAGGUGGAUGGCUGGGUGGAGAAAAAGAAAAAAAAGUGAUGAAACCAAUUUGUAAACGAAGAAAAAAGUGGAAGAGUAAUUGAAAGAAAGGAAGAAAGAAGAUUGAUUGGAUGAGUGGAAGGAAGAAAGGAAGAAAAGAAAAAAAGAUUAGAUACAUAGGCCUAGAGAUUAACUAAUGGAUGCUUUGGAUUGAAUAAAUGAAUGAUAAAUAAAAAAGAUACAUUGAUAUAUGGAUGAAAUGGAUGAAGAAUAAGAAGUGGAUGUGUGAAAAUGGAUGACCUGAGAAAUAUAGAAGCGAUUUAACAGGUGGAUGAGAAAUGGACGUUGUGUGUGUGUGUGUGUGUGCGUGUGUGUGUGUGUGUGCGUGUGUGUGUGUGUGUGUGUGUGUGUGCGUUAACUCCAGGCAUUUAGUAUAUAACCAAACAUAUAUUUUAGUACUCCUUAAUAUUGUAGCUAAUUUACUAAUGCUAAUACCCGUCUGAGAGAGAGAGAGAGAGAGAGAGAGAGAGAGAGAGAGAGAGAGAGAGAGAGAGAGAGAGAGAGUGUCAUAGGCCUAAGCUAGCAAACACCGUAUCCCGUAUAUCACUUUCCAUAGGCCUGUUUAUCUUACGAACUUAAAAUGAUAUAUGCCUGUCUUUUUUAUUAACCCUUUAGGAAUGGAGAUGAUAUGAUGUUAUAGGCCUAAAAGUUUUAUAAUUACACGUUAUAUGCGAAUAGUUAUGAGGUAAAAAAAAUGUUUGUAGGCGUAAAAAUGAUGUAAUGUUCUCGUUUUAUUUUGAGUUAUAGGCCUACUUUUUUAUUACUACUUUUUGAAUAGAAAUACGCAAUGUUUGUAGGCGUAAAAAUGAUGUUCUCGUUCUAUUUUGAGUUAUAGGCCUACUUUUUAUUACUACUUUUUGAAUAGAGAUAUGCAGUGUUAUAGGCCUGUACGUAUAUAUAUAUAAUGUUAACCAGUCUGUUAGCCACCAUUGAUAUACGUGAAAUUAUAUAUAUAUUUUCGCUGUUUGGUUAUAGGCUUGACUUUUAUUCACUGGUUUGGUAAAAGAAGUAUAGAGGUUACAAGACUCUCAUAAAAGCAUCUGAAACCACCAUUGCUACUCGCGUUGAACUCCUUUGGGUUACUGUUUUGCCUCCGCGCGCCGACUAACUUAUCUAAUCCGCGUCAACACUACUCGAAUAAUAAUAAUAAUAAUAAUAAUAAUGGGUUCUAAUAGUGCCGUUUAAUAAUGCGUUCUAAUAGUGUCGUUUGAUAAUAAUAAUAGGUUCUAAUCUUAUAUAUCGCUUAUUUUAAAGGAGCUGAGACUUGAUUAUUCGAAGGUUAUAAUAAAAGUUUACCCU